GAGAGAAAUGGACGUCAAUGGGCUGGAAUGAAACCUCCACAUCUAUCAGGCUGAAGGAAGGAGGUUAAAGAAAACCUCUGCAUGUUCCAAGUUUCCUGCUCAAACCUGAGGGGCAUCGGUGUGUGCGUGCGUGCGUGCGUGCGUGCUGGAUGUGUGUGUGUGUGAGUGUGUGUCUGGAAGUGUGAGUGAGUGUGUGUGUGUGGAAGUGUGUGUGUGUGUGUGUGUGUGUGUGUGCGCGUACGCAGGACCAGGACCAGGACCAGGACCAGCAGCAGCAGCAGGAGUUUUACGCCGUGAUUUGUCUCCUUUUUCCGGCCCGACGCGUCUCUGAUUUCAUGUCACACCGGGGGCCGGGCGGACGAACGGUUCCCUGAUGAGAAUAAACCAUCUGCGCAGAGACUCUGUUGUGAUCGUGACUAUGAUGAUGGUUUCCAGUAAGAGCGUGGAGUGGCUGCAGGAGGAGCUGGAGUCCGGGGCCGGCGCGCUGCUGCUGCUGGACUGCAGAGCCCACGAGCUGUACGAGUCCUCGCACAUCGAGUCGGCCAUCAACCUGGCCAUCCCGGGCCUCAUGCUGCGGAGGCUGAAGAAGGGCAACCUCCCCAUCCGCUCCAUCAUCCCCAACAACGAGGACAAGGAGAAAUUCGUCAAGAGGUGCAAGACGGACGUGGUGGUCCUGUACGACGAGGCGACCCCGGAGCGGCAGGAGUCCGGGCUGGGGAGCUCCGUGCUCGGGCUGCUGCUGCAGAAACUGCGGGACGACGGGUGCAAGGCUUUCUACCUGGAGGGGGGCUUCAACAAGUUCCAGUCGGAGUACCCCGAGCACUGCGAGACCAAUUUGGACUGCUCCUGUCCCAGCAGCUCACCACCAGCCUCCGUCCUCGGCCUGGGAGGACUUCGGAUCAGCUCCGACUGCUCAGACGGGGAAUCCGACCGUGAGCCAGGCAGCGCCACAGAGUCGGAGGGCAGUCCGCUCCCCAACAACCAGCCAGCGUUUCCUGUCCAGAUCCUGCCGUACCUUUUCCUGGGCUGUGCCAAAGACUCAACCAACCUGGAUGUGCUCAGCAAGUACAACAUCAAGUACAUCCUCAACGUGACGCCCAACCUGCCCAACAUGUUCGAACACGAAGGGGACUUCAAGUACAAACAGAUCCCCAUCUCCGAUCACUGGAGCCAGAACCUCUCUCAGUUUUUCCCCGAGGCCAUUUCAUUCAUUGACGAGGCGCGUUCCAAAAAGUGUGGCAUCCUUGUGCACUGUCUGGCCGGGAUCAGCCGCUCGGUGACCGUCACGGUGGCCUACCUGAUGCAGAAGCUCAACCUGUCACUCAACGACGCGUACGACUUUGUCAAGCGGAAAAAGUCGAACAUUUCCCCAAACUUCAACUUCAUGGGCCAGCUGCUGGACUUUGAGCGGACGCUGGGCCUCAACAGCCCCUGUGAUAACCACUCGGCCUCCCCGACGCACGACCAGCUCUUCUUCACCACCCCGACCAAUCACAAUGUGUUUCAGCUGGACACACUGGAGUCCAGAUGAAGACCAGUAGGGCCGACUGUUCCUUUUUUUGGGGGGUUAAAGGUGGUGUUGUUACCACGAUAACAAGCGGCCGCACUGGAGAGAAACUGCCAGUUUUAAUGAAUGUUUUAGCCUCCUGAGGCUCCUUGUCUGAGAGCCUGGCGAAGGAGCAUCGUUGGAUGGGCAGGGAAGGUCACAGAUGCCACGUUAAAAAAGGGAAUGUGGUGUUUUUUAACCCGGUGGGGGAACUGAAAAACGGGUUUACAAUGGCGUCCUCCACGGGAGUUGAUUGAAAUCGAGGGAUGAAGAGCCCCGAUCAACUUGUCUCGUCACAAAGAAACCGACGAGACAUAACUGACUGAGAAACUGAGCGAAGGACGCGGGAGGACAGACAGCUUCAUACAAAGAUAGGAAAAAUCUACAGCGCUCGACUUAUAAGACAACAACAUCCUCUCUGUCUUUCUCUCGGCCUCUCUGGUCGAGAUGACUGGUGCCAAGUAGAGAAUCUGGGAUUUACUUGUAGGAAAUCUCGCUCUACUGAAUGUAGAGUUUUACAAACCAAGGAAUUAACAAACACAUAAACAAAGUAUGUAUGUUUGUAGUGUAUGUACUGUAUGUAUGUCAACGUACAUAGCAGAAAAUUCAGUAUGUCUUUAUGCAUUUUUGUAUAUUUUUGUGUACAUUAACGCACAAAUCUAUACCUUAUAUAAAUAUAUACGCAUAGAACUCGUAUCUAUUCAAUCCAACAAUGGCUUAAGAGAUUGUAAAACUAAAGAAAGGGUGGAAACGCCAACAAAGAGGAACGUUAUUGUGAUAUUCCUAGUUGUCUUUUUUUUUUUUUUUUUUUUUUU